AUGGAUGGCUUAAGCACACCACUAGUUGAUGCUGAAAAAGAAACACUUUUAUCUGCGGCAAUGACUCUGUUAAAAUUCGCAUGGCCUUCAAUUUUAUCAUUCAUACUUCAAUUUACAGUGGAACUUAUCAAUAUGUUUUUCAUAGGAAAUAUUGAUUUAGAAAAAUUGGAUGGAGUUGGCCUCGGAAAUAUGUGAGGGAAUUUUAUUGGAAUUUCUGCAGGAUGAGGACUCGCUGGAGGAAUUGAUACUCUAUGCUCGCAAGCUCAUGGAAAUAAACAAUACGCAAUGGUAGGGAUUUGGCUCCAAAGAGGAUUAUUUGUCUUAUCAGUAGCCUUUAUCCCUAUUUCAAUUGGAUAUUUAUACACAACUGAAGUCUUGAUGCUUAUGGGGAUCCCUGAAAAGCUUGCUGUUUAUAGCUAUAAUUAUUUAUCAGUGGUGCUCUAUGGACUCUGGUUCUUUUUAAGCUUUGACUUCUAUCGAAGAUUUUUACAAGCACAAGGGUAUUUUUGGCCAGGAUUAGCAGUAAAUGCCACUACCACAACUCUCCAUAUCUUUUGGGACUGACUAUUUGCUGUUCAUUUUGAUUUAUCUGAGCGAGGAAUCGGCUAUGCGACUGCAAUUACUUAUUUUUCAAAUUUCUUUUUUAUGUUAUCUAUUAUCAGGAUUUUUGACUUAGAUCGAAAAGUCUGCUUAAAUUGCGAUUUUGCUAACUUUGGUCCUGAAAUUUUUAAGUUUUUGAAAUAUGCAUUACCAUCUGCAGGGACAAUGAUCUUUGACCAGCUGAAUUUUGAAAUCACACAGUUUGAAGCAAGCUUCUUGGGUCCUAAGGCUCAAGCAGCUCAUGUCAGUGUUGCAACGACAACAACAUUUUUAUUCAUGAUCCCUCUUGGACUUGGAAUUUCAACAUGUGCUGUAGUAGGAAAUUUAGUUGGGAACGAAGAGUCAUAUAGAGCGAAAUUAUAUUCAUGAGCAUCCGCAAUUCUUGUGCUGUGUAUAAAUGGGUUUUUUAAUAUUAUUGCUAUUAUUUUUAGAGUGUAUAUAGGAAAUUUGUAUACGUAUGAUACUGAAGUUGCUGAGAUGAUUUCUGCUUUACUUAUACCAGGGAUGCUGUUUAAUAUGAUAGACAGCUUACAAGCAGUACUUUGUGGUGCUAUGAAAGGGAUUGCUCAACAAAAAAUAGCUUUUUUGGCAAUAUUCAUGUCAUAUUAUAUUUUCGCGAUACCGUUAGGAUAUGUGCUUGGGUUUCAUGCUGGGUAUGGAAUUUAUGGGAUUUGAUAUGCAAUGCUUCUGGGUACAAUCAUGGCUGCUAGCAUACUUUCUUAUGUGCUGUCUAAAUCUGACUGGGUGGCCCGGACAAUUAAAGAUGAGAAAUAA